AUGAAUGAGAAUAUUGGGGACAUCGUCUUAGAGAAAGCUCCAAAAAAUGUAAAGUAUACUUCACCAGAUAUUCAGAAAGAUAUUUUGAAUAUUUUUGCCAAUCAAGUGAGAACUAAGAUUCGUAAAGAAGUCGGGGAUGCAAAAUUUUGUAUUUUAGUUGAUGAAGCAACAGAUACAUCUAACAAAGAGCAGAUGGCUAUUGUAUUAAGAUUUGUGGAUAUUGAUGGUUUUUUACGAGAGCGGUUCUUUGCUAUUGUACAUGUGACUGACACAACUGCUGCAACACUUAAGAAAAAAAUAUCUGAUACUCUUGGCUGUUAUGACUUGCAUAUCCACAACAUGCGGGGACAAGGAUAUGAUGGUGCUAGCAAUAUGCGUGGCUCUUGGAAUGGAUUAGAAGCUCUAUUCUUGAAAGAUUGUUCAUGUGCAUAUUAUGUACAUUAUUUCGCUCAUCGACUUCAACUAGCAUUAACUGCAGCUGCUGAAAAAGAGGUAUCCAUUUGGUUAUUCUUUUCAAAACUGAAUUCCAUUUGUAAUCUCUUUAAUGCGUCUCCUAAACGUCAUGCUAAGUUACUUUCUGCUCAAAAAGCUGAAGUUGCGCAUAUGGUAGCUAUUGGUGAACGUGAUACUGGUAGAGGAUGUAAUCAAAUUGAAAAUUUACUACGGCCUGGAAAGACUCGCUGGAGUUCUAAUUUUGACUCAAUUUGUAACAUGAUUGAUAUGUAUAGUUAUGUGAUUACCGUAUUAGAAAACAUGGUGUACGAUGGGUCCUCUAACUCCAUCCGUGGUGAAGCUAGUGGUUUGCUGAUAGCGAUGAAGUCUUUUGAUUUCAUAUUCAUAUUACAUUUGAUGCAAAAGAUAAUGGGGUUAACAAAUCUGCUUUGUCGAGCAUUGCAAGAGAAAUCUUUAGAUAUUUUAAAUGCAAUGGACUAUGUUAUAAAUCUGCUACAGGUCGUUCUUGUCAACAAAAUGAUUCAAUCACAGUUGAGUGUUAGGAUCUACGGUCGCGGCUAG